UGAACACUUGUAUUCCGUUCAUGCGAUUCUGGCUGAUCACACAAUUUUUAACCGCACUGUGCGGUAACCGCACAAUGGUGGCCUGGCAACAGAGCCUUUGCAGCGUUAAAAACUAGUUUUUCCAUGUUAAUUUCGUAAUUCGCAAAAAUGUUCAGAUACAGAUGGUUUCAUAGAAUUAUAAGAAGGAACACCAAACCUAUUUCUGAGGAGAAAGCUUUAUUGUGGAAGAAGCGCUUAAAUUUGGUAUAUAUAUUUGUCACCUGGAAUACAGUAGGCCUUUUAUUGCUCAAGUGGAGUAAUAGUGAUACUAAAGAAAUUUCAUCAGCUAAAAGCUUUGCGAAGCUAUUAAACAUAGAGGAAGCACAGGUAAUACGUGUUUCUGGACUUAAAGUAGUGGAUAACUAUGAAAUCGAAAAGCCCAUAAGUUCGAUCGACAUUAAGAAAGAAAGUGAAGAUCUCUUCUUCAAUACGGAUGACGUGCUGAAAAAACUAGAUAGUCAAGAAAGUGAAGUCAUUGUUGCAAAAAAAUGAUUAACAGUUGACAAUAUGUUAUAUUUAAUACUUCAGUCCUUAGAUGACAAAAUACUAGUAUUGUAAAAUGUAUUUAACAAGGUACCAUACAAAAAAAUAAUCUUUUGAAUUUCUCUUA